AUCCCCGCCUGCCGGAGCGAUCCUGAGGAGCAGUCGCUGUUUUCCUCGGCUCCAGAAAAGCAUGUUAGAAAAGGAUAUGCAGCUUGGAAGCUCGAACUAAAUAACACUAACAAGAUCUGAGCGAGCCAUUUUAUUCAUUUAGCACUGGACAUUGUUGGCCUUUGAAUGUGACUGGAUGUCAGAGACAUCAGGACAGUGUGUGACCUGAAUGGAACUUGAAGGUGAUUGUGUACACAUCCACCUGCUGCCCUGCUCCUUCUCGGUGGUGGAGGCUGAAUGUUUGGAAGAUUCUGUCAAAGUUCUGGUCAAGUUGUAGGUGUCUAAAAUCCAUCUCCUUCAGUCCCUAUCUUCACACAAAAGGCAGACUCUUGUGAGAGAUUCUCUCUUAUUCCCUUGUUUUUCAUUUGACGUCAAUUUCACAGGACAUUAGAAGAGGAAGAUUUAGAAACCAACCAUCAUCUCACCAUGAUCUGAUGGAUUUGUCCAUUUUAUCACAAAUUAAAUGUGAUCAGAUUUUCAACAUGGAAGGAAAAAGCUCCUUUCCCAGUGAAGGGAAACCAUACACGUGUGUGUGUGGACAAGGUUUCAGCCAAUCAUCAGACCUCACAAACCACAAAUGCAGUCACACUGGGGAGAAACUGUGGAAAUGUGGGGAUUGUGGGGAGGAAUUUAUUUCCCCAUCUGAGUUGGAAACUCAUCGAUGCAGUCAUACCAGUAACUGGCCAUUCACAUGCUCUGUGUGCGGAAAGGGAUUCACUCAGUUAUCUAACCUGCUGCAACAUCAGCCUGUUCACACUGAGGAGAGACCAUUUCAAUGUCCCGACUGUGGAAAAUGCUUUAAAACGUCCAGGGACCUGACGUCCCAUCAACUAGCUCACAUUAAUGAGAGACCUUUCAAAUGCCCAGACUGUGGAAAAUGUUAUAAAACCUCUGGGGACUUGACAUCCCAUCAACAUGCUCAUACUAAUGAGAGACCUUUUAAAUGCCCAGACUGUGGAAAAUACUAUAAAACGUCUGGGGACCUGAUGGCCCAUCAAAGUGCUCACACGGAGGAGAGACCUUUUAAAUGCCCAAACUGUGGGAUGUGCUUUAAAAGUUCCAGGGACUUGAUGUCCCAUCAACUUGCUCACAUUAAUGACAGACCUUUUAAAUGCCCAGCCUGUGGGAAGUGCUACAAAACCUCCAGGGACCUGAUGGCCCACCAACGUGUUCACUCUGAGGAGAGGCCAUUCAGGUGCUCUCUCUGUGGUACUGGGUUCAGGCGAUCAUCUGACCUCACAGAGCACCAGCAGGUUCACAUUGGGAAGAGACCAUUCAGCUGCUCCGAGUGUGGGAGGGGAUUCACUCGGUCAUCCAACCUGCUGAGACACCAGCAAGUUCACACUGCGGAGAGAUCUUUUAAAUGCCCAGACUGCGGGAAGUGCUACAGAAGUUCCUGGGGACUGACUUGUCAUCAACGUGUUCACACUGAGGAGAGACCUUUUAAAUGCUCAGACUGUGGGAAGUGCUUUAGGAAUUCUGUGGAAUUGAAGUCCCAUCAACGUGUUCACACUGAGGAGAGACCUUUCAAAUGCUCAGAAUGUGGGAAUCACUAUACAAGUUCCUGGGGACUGUUUUAUCAUCAACGUGUUCACAUUGAGGAGAGACCUUUCAAAUGUCUGGUCUGUGGGAAGUGCUAUCGAAGUUCUGUGGAACUGAUCUCCCAUCAACAUGUUCACAUGAUGAGAGACCUUUCAGGUGCUUUCAUUGUGGGACUGGGUUCAGGCGAUCAUCUCAACUCUCAGUACACCAGUGAGUUCACACAGGGGAGAAAGCAUUUACCUGCUCCAUGUGAAAAAAACAGUUAGCUCACUCAUCAACCCUGCUGAGGCAGCAGAGAGAUCACACUUGGGGUGGGGUGGGGUGGGGUGGGGGGGGGGGGGGGGGGACUGUUCAUCUGCUCCAUGUCAGGGAAGGAAUUCACCACACCAAUCCUGCUGAGACAGCACAGAGUUCACACAUCUCAGUGGCGAUUGGACUUUGCUGUUCAUCACAUUCAGGAAUUUAAGCAGAAGUUUUCAUAUUCUGGAUAAAAGUUAAAUAAAUUAGCUUUAUGUUAAACACAGUGUGGCAGGUCAUUGUAAGGGUGUGAUCAUGGAGUACUUGAAGAGUCAGCAUGACUUCGUCAAAGUGGGGGGGUUCAUGCCUGACUGACCAGUUAGUAUUCUUUUGAGGAUGGACUGAGCAAUGUGGACAAAGGAGAGCCAGUAGAUGUGAUCUAUUGGAUUUCCAUAAGGCAUUUGACAAGGUGCCAUCCAGGUAGCUGCGAAAUAAGGUAGGAGUUCAUGAAGUUACGAGCAAGGUACUGGCAUGGAUUGAGGAUUGGCAGACUGGAGAAGGCAGAGAGUUGGGAGAAAGGGGUCUUUUUUUCAGGAUGGCAGCUGGAUGACUAGUAAAGUUCUGCAGGGGUCAGUGUUGGUACCACAAGUAUUUAUGUUACGCAUUAAUGAUCUGGACAAAGGAAUUGAGGACAUUCUUGCUAAGUUUGCAGAUGACACAAUGAUAGGUGGAGGGGCAGGUUGUAUUGAGGAAGUGGGAAGGCUUCAGAAUGACUCGGACUCUGGCUAGGAGAUUGUAUUCCACCUGCCACUUCUCUGACCAGUGUGGGAAAGUGUGAAGUUAUACAUUUCGGUCAGAAGACUGGAGGCAUAGACUAUUUUCUGAACAGGGACAGGCUUCAGAAAUCUGAAGUCCUAAGGGACUUGGGAGUUCUAGUUCAGAAUUCUCUAAGUUAACAUGCAGAUUCAGUUGGUGGUUAGGAAAGCAAAUGCAAUGUAGGCAUACCUUACAAGAGAGCUAUCAAACAAGAGCAGAGACAUACUGCUGAGGCUGUAAAAGGCUCUGGUCAUAUUGCACAUGGAAUAUUGAGUAGUUUUGGGCCCUGUAUCUGAGGAAAGAUGUGCUUGUGUUGGAGGGGUCCAGAGCAGAUUUACAAGAUUGAUUGCAGGGAUAAGGGAUUGCCAUAUCAAAAAAGUAGUCACAUAUUAGAUAUAAACAAUUGGGUUUAAAUGAAUCUCUUACACAGUAUAAAGAGUGUUGGGGUAUUCCUAAGAGGGAGAUCAGGAAGGCAAAGGAAGGAUGUGAAACAGUCUUAGCAAAUGAGGUUAAGGAGACUGUAUAAGUACAUUAGGAGCAAGAGAGCAACUAGCGAGGGAGUAGGGCCCCUUAAAGGUGAACGGGGUCUUUUGAACCUCAGGAAAUGGGAGAGAUAUUAAAUGAAUAUUUCAUGUCAGUUUUUACUGUGGAAAGAGAAAUGGAGGCUAGAGAACUCAGAAAUAAAUAUUGAUGUUUUGAAAACCGUUCAGGUUACAGAGAGGAAGUUCGGGAGGUCUUAGAAAAUGUAAAGGUGGAUAAUUCUCUGGGACCUGAUGUAGUGUAAUCUAGGACAUUAAGGUAAGUUAGGGAAGAAAUUUCGGGGCUUCUUGCAGAAAUAUUUGUAUCGUCUAUAAAUACGGGUGAGGUGCCAAAUGACUGGAGUGUAGCUAAUGAUGUGCAUUUGUUUAAAAAGGGAUGUAAGGAGAAGCUAGGGAACUGUAGACCUGUGGGUCCAACUUCAGUGGUGGGUACGUUGUUAAAAGUAAUUCUGAAAGGUAGGAUUUAUAUGCAUUUGGAGAAGCAAGGAAUGAUUGGGGCUAUUCAGCAUGCUUUUAUGCGAGGGAAAUCGUGUCUCCCAAAAUUAAUUGAGUUUUUUUGAGGAAGUAACUAAGAUGAUUGUUGAGAGCAGAUUAGUACACAUUGUUUACUUGUACUUUGGUGAAGCCUUUGACAAGAUUCUGCCUGGUAGACUAAUUAGUAAAGUUAGCUCACAUAGGAUUCAUGGUGGUUGACGGUUAUUUUUCAGACUGGAGACCCCUUACCAGCUGUGUUGCACAGGAAUCGCUGCUGAGUCCACGUUUGUUUGUAAUUUAUACAAUGAUUUAGAUGAGAAAAAAGAUGGUAUAGUUAGUACAUUUGUGGAUGACACCAAACUUGGUGACAUAGUGGACAGUGAAGAAAGUUAUCUAAGAUUACAAAGAGAUCUUGAUCAAUUAGGUCAAUGGGCUGAGGAAUGGCAGAUGGAAUUUAAUUUGGAUAAAUGCACGGUAUUGCAUUUUGGUAAAACAAACAAAAGCAGGACUUGCACAAUUAAAAGUAGGCCCUUGGGUAGCAUUGUAUAACAGGGAGACCGAGAGACUCUAGACACCUAAUUCUUUGAAGUUUGCGUCAUAUUUAAAUAGAGUGGUUAAGAAGUCGAUAAAUAAGCUUACCUCCACUGCUCAAUCCUUUGUGUAUGAAUUGGGUAGUCAUGUUAAGGUUGUACAGGACGUUGGUUUGGCCUCUUCCGGAGUACUGUGACCAGAACUGGACACCCUGUUAUAGGAAGGAUAUUAUUAAGCCGGAGAGGGUUCAGAAAAGAUUUACCAGAAUGUUGCUGGGAAUGGAGGGAUUGAGUUAUAGCGAGAGGCUGGAUGGGAUGGGACAUUUUUCGCUGGAGUGUGGGAGUUUGAGGCGUGACCUUAUAGAGGUUUAUAUAUUCAUUAAGGGUAUAGAUGAAGUGAAUGGCAGGUGUCCUUUCCCUAGUGGUGAGGGAUUUCAAGACUAAGGGGCAUAUUUUUAAGAUGAGAGGAGAAAAAUUUAAAAAAGACAUGAGGGGGAAAUUUUUUUACACAGUGUGGAUUGUAUGUGGAAUGAACUUCCAGAGGAAGUGGUGGAUACAAGUACAUUUACAGUGUUUAAAAGACAUUUGGAGAAGUACAUGAAUAGGAAAGGUUUGGAGGGAUAUGGGGCAGGAACAGGCAGGUGGGACAAGUUUAGUUUGGGAUUAUGAUUGGCAUGGACUACUGGACUGAAGUGUCUGUUUUUGCGUUGUAUGACUCCAGGACUCCAUCUAUGUCUGUCUGCAACCUCAUGUCGUCUUCACAUCAGAGUUUUCUAUCCAUCUUUAGCUACCUUCACCCCUGAUCUAAGUGAGUUCGGUAAGUUGUAAAAGGUUAGGUCGUGUAUUAGGCCCAACCAUCUCCAACAUGAGCAAGAGGUACAAUCAAAGAAUCCCUACAGGGCAGAAAGAGGCACCGACACUCUGAAGAGCAUGCCAUCCAGACUGUCCCCACCCCAUCCCCAUAACUCCGCAUGGGGUUUCUAUUGUGGCUAACACACCCAACCUGGGCAUCCCUGGACACGAUUGGGUUAUUUUUAGCGUGGGCAGGUUCGCUGGAUUGGCCAUCUUUGGACCAUGGAAGGAAAACUGAGCACCUGGAGAAAACCACACAGUCAUGAGGACAAUGUGCAAACCUCACACAAACGUUCACCCGAGGCUGGAAUCAAAGCUGCAUUCCUGGCACUGAGAGACAGCAAUGCUAACCACUGGGCUAACGUGCUGCCCAAAAUUACCUAGUGAAACCUGGAAUUGAACGAACAACCUUAAUAUCUUCAGGCUAAUAUAUUCCCAACUGAGCUAUUUCAGCAACAACAGAUACAGGGGAAUUAAGCUUUUUUUUCCCCCCAGAAUCAGUAGUUCUACACAGUCCUCUCCUGCUUACAAGUGGAAAUGAAGAUAAUCAAUUAUCUAAUUAUCUUUUUUACGUAAGCAUUUAAGGGCUUUGGGGAGAGAGAAGGGAAUUAGAGUAGAAAGUUGGCAUUGAUGCAAUAGGCAAAAUUACUCCUCUGUGCCACAAUGAAUCUAAGACUGAUUUCUACAACCUCUGCUCAUGACAUAACACUUGAGUCCAGGAAUCAUUUGAGGUAAAUCUGCACUGUUACCCCAGGAAGGUCCAAUCUCUCCUUCCUCAACUGUGGUACCCAGACAUAUCUUCUGGGGCUGCUCUGCACACAAUUUCGAAUUUCUUGGAGUUUUUCCGGUCAUACUGACUCGGAAACCUUUUCACAUAGACACAAUAAACAAACUUAUACCUUACAUGGUGAAAGGCCAAUUAUAGUGAGGUCUUUGUGAAUGGAGGGACUCUGUUAGCUAUCUGGUUGGAAUUGACAAUCUGGAAAUGAUUCCCAUUGAAUGUGCUGUAAAAAAAGAGUGGACAGAACGCAGUCCUCCCCUCUGUCCAGGGCACAAUCCUACAUUCCAGAUGGGCUCCUUACCGAACCUUGUCCUCUCCAACCACUUUUCUUUCUCUUCUCUUUUUUUUUUUCUUUUGACUGUUUGUUUGGUCUUUGGAGCUCGGUCGUGGAGACAGCGGCAUUGAUGGUUGGUCGAAGGCAGCUGGUCGCGAUCACCAACCUUGUGGCUUCCUCAAUGUCCAGAGCUGGACUCUGCAGCGAGAAUCUGACGCAGCAAUGGAGCAUGGCAGAGGAUGGGGCCAAAAAUGGGCUGGAUGACAGAAGCAGCAGCAGCAAAGGAUGGCCGCAGUGGCAGUCAUGGCCAAGGCCUAGUGUAGGUCGGCGGCUGCAGUCGGCUUCUAUGCCUAGGGAAGGGGAAAGCAUGCCCACUUGAAGUCAAGUUUGGACUGUCUGCAGGCUCAUGGCUUAAGGGAGGAAUGUAAUGUAUGGCUUUUUAACUUCACAGGUAUUUCUGUAUUUUUUUUCGUUUUUAUACUGAGAAGACUGUAGUGCCGAAGUUUUUGUUAUUUCUUUGUUUUUCAACUUCUGUAACUAAGAUUUUGUACCUGGGUACUUGUACCUAAGUUGCCACCGUGUGUGGGGACAUUGUUCACUUCUCACUGUCUCUUGUAGCCUGUACCUGAGAACACAUGACAAUAAAAGCUCAAUCUAAAACAA